UUUGAGUUUGACGUGGGAGGAGAAUAAAAGCUGACGAAAAUGCAUGCCCUCACCAUGUCGGCGAGAACCUUUCAGUCAAAUCGUUUGGAGCAAUGAAAUGAAAAUACAGUGCCCCAGUCCGGUGAGUGUGGCUGGGAAUUUUAAAAAGCGGGCCCGGAGUAACCUACUGGCGACAUGGUGGAUCGGGAGGAAAUUCGCCAAAGAAUGGCAAUGGCCGUUCCGCGGCUCAUGGAUGAAGAAUGUUUCGCCGAAGGUGACAGAGUAUACCCGAUCCAGAACGCUAAGACAGUGGUUCGGUUCUCCAGCCACUACGGGCGAACAGUGAGAGCCGGUCAGAACAGCUCAUAUUCAGCUUAUAAUCUUGCUGGACCUGCUGGUGUUAGAACUUAUGGUGAUCACACAGCUGCCAUGGUUUUGAGAACCUAUGGCCCAUGGUGGUGCGAUGUUCCAUCGUACGCGCAGCCGCUCGGCCCAUGUCCUAAUUGGUUCCAGUCCGAAGACUACAUCGAGCUUGAAUACCGAGAUGCUACUUUCCCACAUGUUGUUCGUAUCAGGGAAACCUACCAUCCGGGAAGCGUUGUGCGGAUUUUGGCGUGCAAUGUGACACCUGACGAGGCGAAAUUGUACUCGCCCGAUUCCAUACGGUGGCAAGUGCUGUGGUCUGGACCACCACAGAAAGGACUUCCAUCCACUAUCCGCCAGUUCACGCCGGAACUCGACGAGCCUGAGUUUCCUACAAGACUGCUGCGUAUUGAGUUCAACUCACAACACAUGGACUACUAUACUGAGCUGGACUGUUGUCAACUUAUUGGCAAGCAUGCAUCUGACAAGGAGUAUCCACAAGUCGAUGCCAGCCUGGAGCCCAUCGCGUCUAGGAACAGUGAGCCAGAUGUGACCGAGAAGCUCUUCCGUCAGCUUUCACUUGAAGAUCGGGCGCCAGUGGAUCUGGAGCAGCAGAUCUCGGCCGGCGAUUACUCUGAUGUCGAGGCUGAUGACGAGUACCCUUCCAAUGGCUACUUUGAUGACCUACCCAUGGAGACCUGGCUCAAGAUCUUGGGAUACCUGGACUUUGAGAGUCUGUGCACGGCGACCAGAGUGAGCAGGGCGUUCUUCAGGGCGUGCUAUGAUCCCUUUCUCUACCGGCAUAUCAAUCUCCAGCCGUUCUGGACCAAGGUCAACAACAGUUUUCUGGAGAUUGUUGAACCUCGCUUCCACUUUCUUAAAAGCCUGGACAUCUCAUGGACAGGGGGCUGCAAUCAAGUCUCCCCAGAGAACUUUGACAGGUUCCUACAGGCGUGUUGCACUCGACUGACACGUUUCCGAGCAGUGGGCAGUCCAUUGGUCAACGAGGCAACGCUUAUCUUUCUGAACGGCCUUGGAGACCAGUUAGAAGAGUUGGAUGUACGAUCAUGCUCAUUCUUCUUCAUGAACCCCGAUUCAAGUUCCCGCCGUCCAGCACUGCCAGCUGGUGACUUUUCUGACAGUGAUGAUGAUGAUGAUGACAACGAUGAUGAUGACGACGACAAUGACGGCGACGGUGGCUCGAAUGCGAAGGAAGAGCUGUUCCUGCUGCCGCAACUGACCCAACUACGGCGCCUAAACCUCUCCAACACGGACAUCUCAACCAAGAACGCAGUCACCCUCAUCCAGAACAAUCCACUUCUGGAACACAUCAACGUUGGAAGCUGCAACUUGGAUGGCACUACCAUCGCAGUAAUUGUUGGUAAAACCUGCAAGCAUCUAAAAUCACUGGAUUUGUGGCGCAGCUUGAACUUUUCAUCUGCGGCGGUGGUGGCGUUGGCCAAAGGAUGUCCUGAGCUUCAAGAAUUGGACUUUGGCUGGCUCCGCUUUGAUGCCAGCAAUGACAGAUGCCUACAGCGGCUGGCAGAGAACUGUCCUCAUCUCAAGAAGAUUUUCCUCACCGCCGUCCGGACGGAGCGAGAUUCCGAUAUCACGGCGUUUGCCAAUCACUGCCGUGGCUUGGAGCAGCUGGACUUGCUUGGUUGCAACGGGGUCGAACCACCGGCGCUGCAUUACUUGCUAUCAAAUUGCCCGAACAUGAAGUUCCUAGACAUCUCCUUCUGCAGCCAUGUCCAGGACAAUCACGCCAAGGACUUGCGUCGCGAGUUCCCAGCUGUGUCGAUUAAGAAGAGCUUCAGCUAAUGCAGCAGGAGAGUGCCCGCACCUGCUGCUGGUAUGUAGGUUGGCUGUAGGUAAGCCGAUACUGCCCAAGUGCCACGCGCCUUCAGGCUGCAAGGAAGCAGCCAGCAAUGCUCGCUGGCAAUUAUUGUUAAUGGAGAGCACUCUACUUGUGCACUCAGCCAUGAAAACAGUUCACAAAGUAUAACGUUAUCUUUUCUCAUAGCAAUUCCGAUCAAACUAGGGAACUUUCAACUAUUUUUUCUAUACUGCUCCACGUAUUCUGUUAGUGAUGGGGUGCAAACAUGCAGGCCUUUCCUGCAGUCUUUUGUGCUAAAUAGUUUUAUUCUCGUUCUUGUCGUCUGGAAAAUGACUCUUCAACGUGUAAGCUGGUCGACUAUGUUCAUACCAGGCAACCAGGCAUGGACCUUCACCGCAUCUAUUAUGAUGCCCUUACCAAACUCGUGUACAUACGUGUUGGCAGGCCAACAAGUCCCUGCUUAAUUCAGAGAGAAUGCCACGUCAUCCGUUUUGACAUCGUACAUGUAGUAAGUGCCUAGUUGACAUCUGUAUAGAUAGAUCUACAAACAAUGCUGGUAGUGACUAAACGGUAAACCAUCAUAGCUUGGUUACUCAUUGUUCACAUUAUUUUAGUCAAUUCUGUUGGUAAUAAUAAUAAUAAUAAUAAUAUCUUUAUUAGGAUGACCCAGAGGCUUGUCGCCUAUCAAGGGGUUCACCACUUUGAAGGAUGUACAUGUAUUUUGAAGUACAUGUGCAUGUGAUAUAAUCGCACAGGUGACAUUGUAGAGUGCAGAUCACCUAGUGCUUUCAACAAUAUGUAAUAACGUACUUCCACAUUAUGGGAAUUUGGUAUAACCCCACACCCGUCAUUGUUGAAUAUUCGAUAAUAGCGUGGAUUUCCCCAACAAUAUAUUUUCAUUUUUUGUUAUCCUCACCCAUGCCGUUGUACAUAAGCGGCUUGCCGCGGAUAUGUCAAUACUACUGUACAUGUAUGAGCAAAA